CAUGUGAUCGGUCUACGCUGCUCCUCGCUGCCGUCGACUUUUCCCCCAGCAAAUUCCAAACAAACGAACAUGGCGGACUACGAAGAGCGGCGGAGUCUGUUGGGAGAUGAGGACGAGGGCUCGUCCACCGGCAGACAGACAGACAGAGGACCCGGCAGACCGAUGCCGGCCAUCUGCGACCCCAGCCACCUGCUGCACCGAGUGGUUGUCCUGACAUUCAUGUGCUUCUUGGGAUUCGGAAGCUACUUCUGUUAUGACAACCCAGCUGCACUUCAAACUCAAGUCAUCCAGGAUCUGAACCUGAACACUGCAAAGUUCAUGCAGCUGUAUGCCUGGUACUCUUGGCCCAAUGUGGUUCUCUGCUUCUUUGGGGGAUUUCUGCUUGACAGGGUUUUUGGCAUCAGGCUGGGAACCAUCAUCUUUUCCCUCUUUGUUUGUGUUGGACAGGUAAUAUUUGCUACUGGAGCUUUGGUCAAUCAUUUCUGGCUGAUGGAAGUUGGACGUUUUAUAUUUGGUAUUGGAGGGGAGUCCUUGGCUGUGGCCCAGAACACCUAUGCAGUCAACUGGUUCAAAGGAAAGGAGCUCAAUCUGGUGUUUGGCCUUCAGCUGAGCAUGGCUCGACUGGGCAGCACAGUGAACAUGAACAUCAUGGGCUGGGUGUACAACAAAGUCGCAGCCCUGGUUGGCUCUCCAGGACACACCACACUAGGCGCAUCACUCAUGAUAGCUUCUGUAACCUGCCUGUUUUCACUAAUCUGUGCCUUGGUGUUGGCAUUCCUUGACAAAAGAGCAGAAAAGAUCCUCCACAAAGAAGAAGGCAAAACAGGUGAGGUGAUCAAGCUGACAGACGUGAAAGACUUCUCCUUCCCCCUCUGGCUCAUCUUCAUCAUUUGUGUGGGCUACUAUGUCGCCAUUUUCCCCUUCAUUGGACUGGGACAGGUGUUCUUCAUUGAAAAAUUCAACUUCUCUCCAGCUGAAGCCAGAGCUGUCAACAGUAUUGUCUACAUCAUCUCAGCCCCUGCAUCUCCAGUUCUGGGCUUUGUGGUUGAUAAGACAGGGAGGAAUGUGGUUUGGGUAAUGAUUGCUGUGGUCGCCACACUCCUCGCUCACAUGAUGCUGGCCUUCACCUUCUGGAACCCAUGGAUCGCCAUGUCCCUGAUGGGCGUUUCCUACUCCUUACUGGCUUGUGCACUGUGGCCCAUGGUGGCCUUUGUGGUACCUGAGCAUCAGCUGGGGACGGCCUAUGGCUUCAUGCAGUCGAUCCAGAACCUGGGACUCGCUCUCAUUGCCAUGGCAGCAGGAAGCAUCCUAGACACCAGAGGGUACCUGUUUUUGGAAGUGUUUUUCUGCGCCUGCAUCUGCAUUGCACUGAUAGCAGUGGUGAUGCUGUACUUUGUGAAUUAUCUCAGAGGAGGUGAUUUGAACCUGUCAGCCACAGCCAGAGCCAAACUCCACAAAGAAGCCACUUCAGCUGCAGAGUGAUGAUGAUGAUGAUGCUGAUGGAACACACAUAGUCCUGGGCUUCAGAGCCAGCAGGCUGCACUGUCCACCCUUGAGCUGUCAAUCAACUGCCAUGGGGCAGGGAUGUGAUACUGACUUCGCCCAGUGCUGUCAUCUGUGGCCCUUCCCACCAGAACUGAUGGUCUGGCCCUGGCAAUUAUAUAAGCAACUCUUUAUUAAUAGCUUAGAAUGUCCCUGCCAGGACACCGACAAAAGACACAUCUCAGUUUGGACUCCGCUGUUCUGACUUCAUCUCCUCCAAUAUCCACCCCCUACUGACUCUUGUGCGUGUGCCGAACUUCAGCAUGAAGUUUUGUAAGUUACAGAAAGAAAGUUGAGAUGCUUCCAAAGUGUUUUAACUAUUUUAAAUUUUCAUCAGAAGAUGUGAAAAAGAGCCUAUAUCUUUGGUAAAUAGCGCUCAAUUUUAUUACAUGCUAAUGAAACUCACAAUAUAGGAUUCCUAUAUUAAUUCAGUUAUUUUAUAUGUAUAUAGAGGUAAAUUUGUGGAUGUGUUUGUUUUUUUACAAAUUGUUUUCAGCAGGACUCUGUUACUUGCCUUAUUGCAGACAACUCAGCAGUUCAUUUAUGUGCAUGUCAUUUGUCAGCAUUCACAAUAAUUGCCAACCAAAAUUUUCCUCACUGGACUCUUUAGGCAGAGUAAGUUCAUAUUCAAUUUUAAUCAUAUGCGUCAUUGACCUUUUAUGGUGGAUAAUCUUAAAAAGCUAACUUUUUAUUGUUUAUAUCUUUAUUGCUCAAUUAUUAUUUUUCUUAAUUCCUUUAUCUGCUCUUCACUGGUUUCGGUGCUUCUUAAAAAUUUAGUUUCUGCAUCAUCAGAAGGUACAUUAGUAUAAUGAUAAGAAAAAGAGGAAGGCACCCUUUUGAACGCAUUGACCCGUGUAAUGAUAUUCACAAUUUUAAACUUUUUAUAAACUGUUUUAUUUGUAUGACCUUUUAAAGAAUCAUUUCCACAUAUAAAUCAUGUUUUGUAGACUGUGUUUUGCUCAUUUAUCAAGCUCAGGUAACUAACUUGUAAGAACUGCCACAAAUUGUUGCUUCAUCUGAACGGUGAGACAAAAAUAUUCAGGCACUCUGUUUAACUCUCACCAUUCCAGUAAUGUGGACAGGUUUUUGUCUCCCUGUCUCCCUAUCAGGGUCGUAGACAGCCAGCGGGUGAUUAAAAAUUCACUACCUCAGUUGGGCAAAUUUGCCAUCAAAAUGUUAAGAGUAACUAAACACCCCCUGAACCAGAACUGAAGAAGCCCCUUGAAUGAGAGGCGAAAUGUCUUCAGGUAUCUUCAACCAAGUCCAGUUCCCCUUGAUUUUAACCUUCCUUGGAUACCCUCUGAAAACCUUGUCAUUUCUGACCUCCCAUAGUUUAACUUGCUGCAGUGAUGCGCAAAUGUACUCUAUGGUGUGUCAGUACACUGUGACAUCAUUUGUAGUGAUGCAUAAGAGCACACUUCUGACCACACCUAUCAGUGAUGCUGCGUGUGGUCUGCUAUUCAGUCUGGCGUUAAGUUACUCUUCAAGGAAAAGGCCCAACAUGUAAGAAGACGGUCAGUAGCAUUGAAGUUACAAUGUUGUGAUUGCACAUUACAAUGACCACAGUGUCAUACGUAGUCUUUGCCUAACUGAGAAUAUUUGUGUUAAACUACCAUGUGUUGACUGUUGAGCUGUGUACAAAAACUUAUACCAUAGAGAAAUUACAGAAGAGCCAUUGUACAAUCAAAGAUGACGAAAUUGGAAGGAAAAUCACUUCACAUUUAAUACCAGAUUGUUCAUGGAAUAAUGACAAUUAAACACAUUUUUUGAAAGCA